AUGCUCCUGCGCGGCGCCUUGACAGAGAGAGAUAGGAAGGACACAUUCGCUACAGACUGGGUGAUCGUGUUUCAGAUGCUACGAGAUGUGCUUGACAAGCUGGAGGACCCGAAGCUGGAGGGUGCCGGCGUGAAGGAUCUACCACACGACCAUCCGGCGGGAAGCAAAGACAUCACAGCUAUGCCUGAAGCAUGGCGACGAGGAUACUUCGAGUCGCUGCUAGCGUACGCAAAGGCGUCGGAACAUGUGGAUGGCUGGGUUCGCGAUAAGACAAGGGGUAUUAUGUUUCCCCCUGAGGUGGUCGUCGGACCAUCCAACCCGAAACCGAAGCCUAUCCCGCCCGGCGCAAAGAGUGCCCCGAGAGAAGAGGAUUGUGAGCCAACCGGCUUUCCCUCACCAGACGAGCUGUAUUUGAAGCUUCUAUCAACAGAUGGGUUCACAAGCAGACAACGCAUGGAGGCCGCCCUUUCCUACGCUUCGUGGCUGGAGUACAAGCAGCUGAUCGGGCCCGCGAGUAUCAUAUACGAGGACGCAGUGAAUAUCGCCAUCGAAGAGAAAUACACUCCGGGUGCUCCGGUGCUCUUGAAUCCGAAGACUGGUGUUCUAAACGAGAAGGCGGGCAAGCCAUCUGCCAAUCUCCUCACUUCACUCACGGCAUUGGCGACAUUCAAAGCCCGGCAUGAUGACGUUUCAUCAGCUUUGCCUAUCAUGAUCUCGAUAUUGAAAGCCCGUAGAUCAUUACCCCUUAUGUCUACCCAAUCGCCUCUGAUUCCUCUAGCAGUAGGAGGCGACUUUGGCGAAAACUGGGGUUAUAAAAUCUGGAACAUGGCACAGGCGCUUCUGAAGCCACCCGAAUACCCUCCUCCUCCAGAUGACGGCACAUCACCCCCGGUGCGGGACGCUAAAGAACUAUGUGAGGAGGCUGCGCUGCAUCUGCAUAUCGGAGAAAUCAUGUACACCGCACAGAAUGCUGCACGCGAGGAAGGUAUAGGCUGGACGCGAGAGGCAGUCGAUAUUGCAGAGGAGCAGCUCCACAAGCUCGGCCGAGCCACAAAAGACACGGCAGCAAAGACUACGUGCAGAGAAUGUUUGAGUACGGGCUUGGAUAACUGGGCUACAAUGGUAGCGAGAUUAGUGGAUGAGGAGGAACGCAAGAAAGCCAGCGGAUUGAGUACUAAGUCUAGCUCAAGCUGGUUUGGUCUUUGGGGUGAUGGAAAGACGGAGGAGCAUGGCAGGUGGGCAGCAGAAGAGAAGGUUGUGAAGGAGAGAUUAAGGAGAGCACGGGAACUUCUCGAGGACCUCGAGCCUUCGGGAAGACCUAUAAGCUCGGUGUUCAAGGUUUAA